UUUUUAAUUUUCGUUGACAACGUAUGUUUUCUGAUUUUAUGUUUAAUGGGUUGGUCAUAGAUUGUUAAUUGAAAUAUCUAGAUUAAAAUGAUAUAAACUUUGAUUUUUAUUUUUUAUUCAAGUUAAGUUUCCCUGUUCAAGUACGUUUUUCAUCCGUGAAGAUGAUUGUGUGAGAAUUGACGUGGUGGAAGUGGAGCGUUGAAUAGACAGAUGUAAAUUUCUCUGUUGAUGAAAUGGGAUUCGUGCCAUUAAUGUUUUAUUAUAGCUUAAACAUGGACGCCUCCACCUCCAAUAACUGACUCUGGGCUAUCGAGGCCAAAAAUGGAGGCAAAUUCCCAACCCACAAGAAGAAAUCCAUAGUAGCAGAGCCAGCUGCCGAGAAGGCACCCAAAUUCUACCCAGCUGAUGAUGUUAAGAAGCCGCUUUCCAACAAGCGCAUGCACAAACCCACAAAACUUAGGGCAAGUAUUGCUCCAGGGACAGUUUUAAUUAUAUUGACUGGAAGAUUUAAGGGGAUGCGUGUUGUUCUCUUGAAGCAGCUUGCUACUGGAUUGUUGCUUGUUACUAGACCAUUCAAGAUCAAUGGUAUUCCUCUACAACGUGUCAACCAAGCCUACGUUGUUGCCACUUCCACGAAGGUUGACAUCUCUAGGGUGAAUGUGGAGAAGCUCGAUGACGAGUACUUGGCUAAGGGCGAGACUGAAUUUUUUGAGGCAAAAAAGAGGAGAAAAUGUGCUUCCAGUAGAGAAGAAAGAUGACCAAGAAGCUGCAGAUGCAAAAUUGUUAAAAGCUAUUGAGAGCGUUCCAGAAUUGAAGUUCUAUUUGGGAGUGAGAUUCUCUC